AAAGAAAGGGACGGGCUGUCUUCGAUGAACAUGAAAUAGUCAUGUCCAAAUAUCAAACAACCAUAUUUAUGCUCUUAUUUGGGUUGAUGUGGAAACAGUUGCUGUCCCUGAGCCAGGUACGGACUGUUUUAUAAGAAAUUAAGAAUAAUGUUUUACAUUUUCAACAACAACGAGUGUAACAUUAAAUCUUUGCUUCAAUGGACGCAUCCCGUGUAACAGACCGGAAGUUGGAUGUAACAACAACCGCUAACGUAAGCUACGGAAGCCGAGAAGUGAAGUGCCACAAGAAAUGAAACCUUAGUAGCGAUAAUACGAUGUUUUUACGAGAAAGCGGUAAAAUGACUGCAGCUAUGUUAUAAUUUACCUUUAAUAUCGUGACUGCUGAGACAAUAGCGUCAUCAUGUAGCGUUCUUUACGUUACCGUGUGCGUUAACUCUUUAUGUCCGCGGCUGCUUCGUUACCGUUAGCUCGUAACGUUACCUUAUUUUAAUCGGCUCAAAGUUGAGCGUUUCACUGAAUCUGCUGGUUUCGCCUGAAGAUACUGCGAGCUUCAGAGGCGUUCACUGGUUUCAAGGGCCAUGUAUCCAGCAAAUAAAGACCGGAAUGCGGCUCAAAGUGGGACCGGUAUGUACUACCAGGCAGUACCUGCUGUUGCAGCCAAUGGAAAGAACAUAAUGAAACUGAUUCCAGUACAAAUGGUUAACGGACAGUUUUUUCAAACUGACAAAUGCCAUCCCAGAACAGACUCUACACCUCAGAGAAGGCUACCCACGAAUAUGGCUUCAGCUCCUGUUCAGGUAGUUAAAAAGACAACUUCAAAUCCUCCUGCCACUCAGAAAAGUUGCACGAAGACUUUUACCUCUGCAAAUCACUUGGAUCAUGGAUACUCACAGAAUAAGCGGUCACUACAGCCACAGGUUAUAAAUUUAACAGCCAAAGACUAUCCGAUUGCAACACCUUCAAUAAACUGUGAUAAGCCAGUAAGACGUCCAUGUCGGCUCCCAGUCACUGUGAUGUCCCCAGCUCUCCCCAAAGGACAUCACAUUCUGAUUCCACCUGAUGCAGAAGUCCAAACACUCCCAGCAUCUGACCUCCCUCCAGGGAUCAAGAAACACAUUUGUAUUUCAUCAGAGUCAAACCUAAACAGUGUGGUCUUUGUGUCACCUGUCACAACCAUAAUUCAACGUGACACUCUAUCAAAUGAUUCUGCUACUGACUCAGUCAGUACAGCUAAUAAAACUUUACAUGCAUCCCAAUCAAAGAGAUCAAAGCCCUAUUUAAAACUGAUUCCAAAGGUUUCCCAAAGACCCAAUAGCCCAAUCAAGUGGGUGAUUGAAGAAGAAGAAAGCCCAACAGCUCCAAAUUGGCUAAAUCCUGAUUCCUCACCUGUUAUCUCAGAUAAUAUGCAAGCGGUGGCAAUGAGAAGCUGUGAUUUUAUUCAAAAAUCUUCGUCUGUCGCUUCUAAGAUCCUUCGAUCCCUGGCUGAGCGUGAAAAUAAACAAAACUGUGACGAUAGUGAAAAAGCUAUUUCACAGUCAGUUCUAGGUGGUAAAGGUGAGGAUAACGCCUUGGUCAUUCACAAUGGAAAGGUCUUUUUUAUGGCUAAAAAGUGCAGCCUGCCAUUUAAAAUGGACCAAAGUGACCCAGCAACAUCAGCCAAACAUGAACUUAACAGAACCACCUUACCGUCAUCUCAACAGUCAGUUGAGCCAGUUAUAAACCAAACACAGCAGGAAGUCAGUAUCGUCAUUCCAGACGACUCUGAUGACAUAAUUGAUCUUUGCGAUGAUGAUGACUCAACACAACAGCAAACAUCAGUAGACGAAGACAAUGUAAUAUUUGUGUCAUAUAUUCCACCUAAAGCUGAGCUUGCAUCACAAAUAAAUCCAACAGUGAAAUCACAAAUUGUACCUGAAAAGGAAACAACAAUAGGCACUAAAAGAAGAGAUGUGGAAGAAGAGUGUCUGGAUGUGAGACCUGUUACUGAGGACAAGGAUGAAGACCCUGCUCUGAGAAGAGCUUCAAGUGUUUGUUGUUCAUCGGUGGGUGAGCAAGAAACCUCCACUCAGCAAGUAGAAAGCAUAAACGUGGAUGUGGAUUCAGGAAAUCCAGUGGAGCCCAACUUGUCGGCCUCAAGCAAAGGAACAUGCUCUGAGAAGGAGAAGGACAUGCACAUAAUGAGGAGCUCUACUGACCCCACCACAUACCACACGUCUUCCCUGGCACCAAAAUCCUGCCGGACGGCCGACCACCUGCUGAGGAGGAAGUUUGGGAUUACAACCGAUGUGAACAUUCGCCUGCAGAGGGUCGAUGAAACCUCAGCUUGGCCUGGGCUUGCACACACUCAAGACAACAAGUUCACAAUUAACGCUAACAGCUUACAGGGUCUUGGUGUGUCCUGUAAAAAAAGAGAAACUGACUACCACUGUGUCAAAAAAGCGAGGCUACUAAAUGGAUCUGAAUUCUCAGCCAGUCCUGACACGCCAGCUCUUCACACCACUGCCACAUUAAAGAAUAAGUGCCCCUCAGACCAGCCUUCAGUCCACGGAAGCUCAUGUGGUGUUGAACCAAAGCCGGAGUUCGGCUAUGUGGCACCAAUAGAUGAGGAUUUCCUCAGCGGGCACGAAGAUGACAUCUUAAAGGUACAGACUUGUGUGGAACUGAAUACAAAGACCAGGAGGCUCGGAAGAACGAGGAAGCGCACUAUGUGCCCAUGUUGCUCCACUGGCACCCUGGAGCACGAAGCAGACAGGUUGGCAUGAACAGCAGAGCGCAUGAGAAAGAAAGAGGGAUGAACAAAAGCUCCUGGAAAAAAACAUCUGGGAUCUCAGCUGUCCAACAGCAAACAGACAUGUAAGACUUCUGUGGUCCUAUCGAGUGACAGCAUUAAAUAUACAAAGAACAGUUAAGUAGCAAACUCAGAUCUUCUGAAAAGAGAAAACAUUUGAACAAAUGAGAAUCACAAUGAGCUAAAACAAAAAGUUCCAGUUUUAUUAUAAAGUGGAGGGAUUUAGUUUUAUUACAUCAUCUCUUUAUACUUGUUUUUGCGUUGAUGCACACCUGUACAGUAUUUACUAGAUUUUGAUAUAUAAGUCACGUUAAAAAUCCUCUCUACAAGUUCUUUAGCACAUGACUAUGACCUUUAUUACGAAAGGUUAAAGCAAGUGGGAACUAAGAAACAUCUGAUGCUAUGAAAUGAUUUAAAAAUGAUCUGCUGUUGGAUGUAUGUGUAACUACUGGUACAGAGGAUUUAUUUCUAAGAGAACAUGUAAGUUACAAUAAACAAUAUGUGUCCAAUUGUAUUAAAUGGGUGAAUAAUAAAUUACCAAUGGCACUUCAA